UCACACUUGUUCAACCGGCAACCUGUGAAACAACAGUGGCGGAAAGUAUGGCCGAAAUCUUGACGAAAAUGUGUCGCCGAAUCUGCAAACUAGCUACAAUGUUACUGAGUCACACCGACAAGAGCGUCUUCUACACUUCUCCGUGGUUUGAGGACCAGACUCCUUUCGUGGUAUACCGAGGUCUGGCCGCCAUCUUUACUUUCCUGGUACUGCAGGGGAACAUGGUGGUACUGAACAUCACCUCCAACUUCGGCUGGUUCCUGAAGUUCACACACUGGGGUUUCGUGGCCCUGACCGCGCACAUGUGCGUCUCCGCCGCCAUAUGUCUUCGCGAGCACGUCAAAGGCGGCAGGGACAACCACGACGACUUCUACGACGACUCAGCCGAAGGCGCCCGAGAAGACGACGACUUUUACCGAAAUGGGCCGAACGACGAGAUGGAACAAAGCCUCCUAACUAGCGAAAGAAGUCUUCCUACUAGUAGACAUCGCCAACAAAAUAGAAACUCACUCCCUUGGUACAUAAAGUUAGACUGGGCACUGUACGAUAUCUCAUGCACACACGCACUGACUAUUUCCAUUUUGUAUUACUCCGCCAUGGGCGGUGAUACGUCCACUAACAACAGUUGGUUGUUACACAUCAUGAACUCAGUCAUAGUUGUAACGGAUGUACUCAUCUGUGGAAUCCCCACACGAAUUGCACACGUCAUCUACCCACUACUGUAUAUGGUGACGUAUCUGCUCUUUGUGUAUUGGAUCUCGUCCUUGGACGGAUUCAAGAAAUACGGCCAGGUGUACGCUUUCUUAGACUUUGCGGGGAAGACGAAGAGAACGGCUUAUAUGAUCGUAGCGAUGAUAAUUUUUGUGGUGCCCGCUUUUCAUUUGGUUGUGUACGUACUGUACAGAUGUAGACUUGCACUUCUGAGGAUGUUGAAGGGAGGGGGUGUGAAGACUGAUAAUGGUUGUGGUAAGAGGGACGCCCAAACCCAAACAGAGCCACAAGUUUAACUGGCUAUUGUAUAGAAUGCAAAACAAAAUGCGAGACU